AUGUCGUUAGCGUCCGGAAAUGCAUCUCAAGACCUUCAUGAUAAUGACUGCCAAGACUCUCAAUCCCGAGCCCCGCUAGACAGGCACUGGAGUAGAGCUCCUGCUACAGAAAUGAAGUACCUCCGGAGAAUAGUAGGCAAAACAAGAAGGGGCAGACUUAGGAAUGAAAGGAUACGAGGAGACUUAGGAGUGUCAGAUUUGAGGGAAACAGUUGAAGGGAGGCAGUUGGGAUGGUUUGGUCAUCUAUGCAGAAUGGAUGAGGACCGUGAUCCAAAGAAGUUUUUUGAGGCCAGGCCUACCGGAAGCCAUCCUCGAGGAAGACCUAGAUUUAAUCCAAACCAGAGAAAUUGGCGAGGUAUCCUUAUCGCGGUCUUGGUCAUACUUACAGUUCUCGCUCUCAUCGUUACAAGUGUCUUAGUACUCACUCCUCCAGAACGAGGGCCCAGGAUACGUGGCACAAGAAUACAGGCACACGAUGUCAUCGGACACGAACUGGCUGGCCUUAGGCACAAUGGAUCUUGGGUAUCAGAUAUUUUGGUUGAUUUACUCACAUUGGAUAAUUUUCAGAGAAGACUGAAUGCUGUACAGUUCUCCAUGUCACCAGACCACAAGUAUAUUCUUUUAGCCCACAACACACAGAAGUUAUUCCGACAUUCUUUUCUGGCCCAGUAUUCGAUUUACGAUAUUGCUGCAACAGACUUGUUCCCACUGCAGAUUGCGAAUGAGUUAGAAGAUCAUCCAUUUCUUUUAUGCGCUGAAUGGGCUCCGCAGGGGCAUGCUCUUGUUAUCAUUUACGACUACGAUAUCUAUUAUCGUCAACAUCCUAGGAUUGGAAUUGCUGUGAGAGUAUCCGCUACUGCCGUCCCUGGAGUUGUCUUUAAUGGAGUACCGGACUGGUUGUAUGAAGAAGAAAUCCUGUCAGACCGGAAAGCUUUCUGGAUGUCUGCAGAUGGUCACAUGCUUCUAUAUGCUUCGUUCAACGAUAGUCUCGUGGAAGAGUAUAAGUUCUCCUGGUAUGGUGUAGGAACCAAUAGCCAGCAGCUUUACCCACAAAUCAGGAGUCUCAGAUACCCUAAGGCUGGUACUACAAAUCCUCAAGUGAAGCUUUACGUUUCUGAUCUGGCAGACAUAAAGAAUAUAAAAACCAGGGAUCUUAGACCACCGAUGGCUCUUGAUGCAAAAGAUCACUACUUUGUUGCUGUUACGUGGGUAAGCUCAACUGAGGUUGCUGUUGUCUGGAUGAACAGAACACAAAAUCAGGCUAUGGUCACACUCUGCAAAACACCCAUGUGGCUCUGCCAAGAGACUCAAAGAUACAGUGAUAUGAAAGGUUGGGUGGAUACGCCUGGACCACCAAUCUUCUCUCCGGAUGGCAACACCUACUUGACAUUGAGCCCAGUGAGAGACGGAAAUUCAGGCUUCUUCAGGCACGUUGUUUCAGUAAAUAUACCAAAAAAGAGAAACAUCCCUCUCACUCACGGGCCUUUCUCGGUCUCAAAAAUCCUUGCCUGGGCCAAUGAUAGGGUGUAUUUUUUGGCAGUUCCUGAAGAAGCUACAGGACAGAUGCACCUUUACUACUCAAGUUCAAAAGAAGCUGGUGUCGAAAAAAUAUGCCUUAGUUGUCCUUCAAGACCAGGACCCAAAGCGGAACUUCAUAAAACUCACGGAGCUGGUGGAGCUGACUCAGAUCAAGCCCACAAAAAGAAGAAAGAGGAAGAGCAUCCUGACGAACCUCUUUACAAGGAGUGCCUUUAUCACAACGCUAUAUUCAGUCCAAAUGGAGAAUUCUAUAUCUUAGAAUGUCUUGGACCGGGUAUUCCUACUGUUCAUCUCUAUAGAACACCUUCUUCACGCUUCAAACCAACCAAGCUCAUUACAUUACAGAAUAACACUAGGCUUUACGAGAAGGUAUCCAAACUGGCUUUACCACAAGUAAUGACGUUCCCGGUGGAAGUGACAGGCGGCCAUCAGGCACAAGUUAGGCUAUUCCUUCCUCCAGGCCUCAGGGACACGGAAAUAACAAAAUAUCCUCUUCUACUUCAAGUGUAUGGUGGCCCGGGAACUCAACUGGUCACUGAGAAAUGGCGCCUUGAUUGGAGCACUUACUUUGCCGCUUCUCAUGACAUGAUUGUUGCUCAAAUUGACAGCCGUGGAAGCAGUGGAGGAGGCUACAAAUUAUUACAUCAAGUUUAUAAGAGACUGGGAACGCUUGAAGUAGCCGAUCAAUUAGAAGUGACGGAAUAUCUCAGAGAUUACCUCCAUUUCAUUGAUGGAAGAAGGGUCGGGGUAUGGGGCUGGUCUUAUGGUGGUUACGUGGCCAGUAUGUUGUUAGCAUCGCCAAACCAAGAGGUGUUCCAAUGUGGAGCAGCUAUAGCUCCUAUUGUGUCAUGGAGGCUUUAUGAUUCGGCCUAUACAGAAAGGUACAUGGGGACGCCGAAUAUAAGCGACAACUAUGCGGGUUAUGAAGAAGGUGAGCUGAUUCGAAGGGUAGCAAACCUCAAAGACAAAUCACUAUACCUGGUCCAUGGCACCGCUGAUGACAAUGUCCAUCUUCAGCACAGUCUUCAGCUUGCAAGAGCCUUGAGUGCUGCAGGAGUCAUAUAUCAGCAUCAGGUCUCGUUCUCUACUCUAAAAAAUAUUUUCAGUUUCAGCAAACUCUGUUUUAGUUAG